GGGUGUUUACACCUCCAUGUGCGAAAAGUUGGGUGGAUGAAAAAAAUUUGAGAACUCAUGCUUUUUCAUUUUAUUUACAAUUUGGCUGGUCGUCUUCAUACUAAAAAUUUUGGGGCUAGAACAAUUACGUAUAUUCUGGUAAACUUAAAAUUACGUGAGUGAAUUAAUGUGCUGCGUCAUGAUACAUGACCGCAGAGUCGACGUAGGUGCACUGAGAAUCGCUGUCAGCAGCUGUUUUAUUUCAUAAAAAAGAGAUGUUCGUAUUGUUUACAAGUAAAUUUUUCCAUUGGUUAUAAUUGUUUCAGUUCGAGAUGGACGAUAAUGAGGAGCUGGAUUACGUCGAGGAAGAUUAUUACGCUACCUUAAAUUUACCUCGGAGUGCUACCCACGAGGAGAUCAGCAAAGCGUACCGGAACUUAAGCCGAAUUUUCCAUCCCGACAAGCAUGGAAAUGGAGAAAAUAAGCAGAAAGCUGAACUUAUGUUUAAUCGCACGAAAAAAGCAUACGAAGUGUUGUCCGAUCCCCAUCAGCGCGCUAUCUACGAUUCGCUUGGUGUAAAAGGGCUGGAAACAGAAGGUUGGGAAAUAGUGCAUCGCACGAAAACGCCAAAUGAAAUCCGGGAAGAAUAUGAGCGAUUGGCACAAGAGCGGGAAGAGCGCCGCUUGCAGCAGAAAACCAACCCGAGAGGAAACAUUUCGGUGCACAUCAAUGCGACGGAUUUUUUCAGUCGCUACGAUGACGAAUACUACGACACCGGUUUGCUACCGUCGAUCGAGGUUUCUGGUAUGAGCAUGUCUCAAUCGAUUGAGGCACCGUUAUCGCGUACGGAAAUAGCAACGCUAUCCGGAAGCCUUCAUCUGCAGAAUGGUGUAGGCAGCGGAAAUUUUCUUCUCUCCGGAAGGCGACUGAUCAACAAGGGAUGGUUCGAAGUUGACUGUGGCGCUGGCAAUGGGCCCGUGUUGGGUGCCAAAGGUUCACGUAAUCUUACCAAUAGGAUUUUCUUGACCGGAGGAACAACUUUCCAUUUUCGGCCGAAUGCAAUCAUACCGGGAUUGACAGGAACUUCGGCGAUACAACUUGAUAAGAACACCGUAGGCUAUCUAACCUACAAUGCUGGUCUGCAGAAUUCUAUGUCAACGGUUGUGGAAAGGAACACGGAAAAGUACCAUUGCAAUUUUACUAUUUCAUUAGGUAUUCCCCAUUGCUACAUAGCUGCCGCUUACACGAGAAAACUUUUGGAGCAAGGCUUAAAACUUCGAGUAGCACUAAAAGGUGGUACGUUUGGCUUCUUGUCUGAAUGUGGAGCAGAAAAGAAGGUUUCGAAAUACAGUUCAGUAUCUGCGACAGUUUGCAUCGGUGUACCAUCCGGCGUAAUGCUAAAAAUUAAAGUUAUUCGUUCUACACAAACGUAUUUGUUUCCGAUUCACCUAAGCGAGGAAAUCAUUCCGGCUGCCAUCUUUUACGCUACCGUAACGCCUCUGUUAACGUACUUUGUGCUGAAAAAAAUGCUGUUUGAUCCAAUGAAUGAGGCAACAAAGCAGAAAAACAUCGAAAAGGUGAAAGAAACCAAUAGUGCACGAAUGGCAGAAAAACGAAGAGAGGCAGAAUCGGCAAUUGCACUGAUGGGCGCAUUGUUUGAGCGCAUACGCAAAGAUGAGCUCAAAAGCGAGGGCCUAAUCAUCGUGUCCGCCUUGUAUGGUAAAUUUUCGGAUAAUGAAAAUGUCUCUCUGGAAGAAGCAGACGAUAUGGGCUUCGUGCAGCAGAACCCGUUCGUCAUUGAUGUUCGGAUUCCUUUACAAUGUCUGGUGAAAGAUUCCCAAUUGAUGUUGUAUUCAUCCAGCAAGAGCGAACUUCCCGGUUUUUAUGAUCCAUGUUUUGGCGAAGAGAAACAGCUUAAAAUUGAUUACGAGUUUAGAAACAAUUCCUACAGCUCGGUAUUUGCAGACUCGGACCCAGUUCGUCUUCCGAUGGUUACGAACGCAGCAUCCCAAUAAGUAAACGAUAGAACGAAGUUGAAUGCAGUAAGCAAAAUUUAUUUUACACAAGUGGUCUAACAUCAACAUUCAGCAUCAAGCUUAGAACUCAUCAAGGACUAGCCACCAUGGUAGAGCCGUGCGUUUUAGUAAGGUGUAGGCGUAAUUUUAUUGUUACAUUUGGAAGGCCUCAGUAAAGUAAAAUUAUCGCGUAUAA